AUGUCGAUCCUAAACGAAUGUUGUAUCACUUUUUCUGGUGUCUUCGCGGUCGGUAACCACGCAAAACUCUCCGCUACUGUAAAAGAGUACGGUGCAACUGUUUCCUCGAACUUCACAAAAAAAACUACUCACCUGGUAGUCACGAACGAAGAUUAUCAAAAGAAUAGUUCAAAAGUUUUGGCUGCAAAGAAUAAAAGUGACGUAUUCAUUGUGACUUGGGACUGGAUUCAAGACUCUAUCAAUGAAAAAAGUAAAAAAAGUGAAUUGGAUUAUGUUCCUUCUGAAACUCCUGAUGAUGAUGCAGACAUGAAUGACGCGAACAUCAAUUCUGGAAAGCACAAGAACGAUAAUACAUCUGAAUCUGAGGAUAUUACUCCAUUACGUAAAAAAAGACGAGCUGACAAGCAUGAUGAUAGUUUAAUUACUUGUGAUUCAAUUACAACUAUCGCGAAAGUCACCACUAGUGAUCAAGACGGUAAUGUUACUCAGAUCGUUGAAGAAAAAAAAAUGGUCAAGAUUAUUAAGAAAGGUAAAGCACCUGUUGAUGAAUUAUGUCAAAUGAAGAAUACGGUUCAUGUUUUCUCCGAUGAUCAAGCAGUUUGGGAUUGUCUUCUCAAUCAAACGAAUGCAGGCGCUAACAAUAAUAAAUUUUUUAUUAUUCAACUCCUGAAGUCCGAUUCUGCAACUAAUUACUAUGUCUAUUCAAGAUGGGGUAGGGUCGGAUAUGAUGGACAGCAUGCAAUGAUAGGCCCAUGGGUAACUCUAGAUAUGGCUAAACGCGAGUUCGAAAGGAAAUUUCUUAAAAAUAAAGUCGAGACACCACCUCCCAUUCCUGAUUCAGAACUUCAUCCCAAAGUUCAGGACAUUAUUAGUAUGAUUUUUGACGUUGAUACAUGGAAUAAUGCCAUGGUUGAAUUAAAUUAUGAUGCGUCUAAAUUGCCAUUAGGUAAACUUUCUAAAUCCACAAUUACUCAAGGCUACAAAAUUCUUAAAAGUAUUGAGUCUGUAUUGACUAGUGAAGGUGAUGGUGAUCUAGUUGAGCUUUCAAACGAUUUUUAUACUGUUAUUCCUCAUAAUUUUGGUUUUAAUAAACCACCAAUCAUCAACAGUAUCGCGAGUCUUAAAUUAAAAAUGGCAAUGGUAGAAGCAUUAGGUGAAAUUGAAAUUGCGAGUUCAUUGAUUAAGAAUGCAGAUGUUUCCAAGAAUCAGUUAGAUGCAAACUAUGAUUUACUUGGUUUAGAAAGAAUGGUACCAUUGGAUCAUGACUCUGAAGAAUUCAAACUCAUACUUAACUACGUAAAGAACACGCAAGGUGCUACCCACUACACUAAAUUAGAAAUUCUUGAGGUGUUUGAUAUUGAACGUCAAGGUGAAAAAGAGCGAUAUAAACCAUACUCGAAACUUAAUAACAGGAUGUUAUUAUGGCAUGGUUCUAGACGUACAAAUUUUGUGGGUAUUCUAAGUCAGGGGUUGAGAAUUGCUCCACCGCACGUUCCUGUUAGUGGAUACAUGUUUGGAAAGGGUGUUUAUUUUGCUGAUUGUGUAUCGAAAUCUGCAAAUUAUUGUUGUACAGGCUAUGGUGAUAAUAUUGGAUUUAUGUUAUUAUGUGAAGUCGCGUGUGGUGACAUGUUGGAGUUUCUAACUUCUGAUUAUUAUGCUGAUGAAAAAGUUAAAAAGCAAGGUAAACAUUGUGCUAAAGGGCUGGGCCAAGUCGCUCCUGAUCCUAAAGGAGUUGUUCAUUUAGAAAAUGGUGUCAUGGUUCCAUGUGGAAAAGGGACAUCU